GCUACAAAGUUUGUCUCCUACGGAGGCUUAAAGAAGCUCCGGCCAAGGAGCAGAUUCCUUUUCUCUCUCUGUCUGUGUGUGUAUGUGGGUAGAUCCCAGCAGCAGCGCUUUAGAACCAGCCGCGAGGCGGAAUGCGAGAGUUUCGACUCGGCUUUUCCAAUCCCCUGGCCAAGUCUUCGGAGGACAAGCGGGGAGGAAAGAAACUUGCUGGCCGGGCGGCGGCUCCUAUCCCACUUCCUCCUCCGCAGCUUCUGGCAGACUUGCAGGAAAGGCGCGGGGACGAGGCCGGCCUGUAAUCAGAGCCGCGCAGCUGGAGGGCCUCCUAGCUUCUGGGAAGGCUCGAGACGCCCCCGAGGCAGCGCGGAAGGCAGGGCUCGCCAGCCGCGGGACAAAGACGCUUCCUGCCUCGCCACACCGGCUCGCCUUGCCGCCAUAAUGCCAGAUCAGAUUUAUUGUGAUCGUUUGCGACAGGACACAGCUUUUCUAACCAGCAAUGGCAGACUGAGUGAACAGCUGGUUGAUAAAAUCAUUCUUCAGCUAAAUCGAGUUUAUCCCCAAAUUCUCACCAUUAAAGAAGCUGAAAAGUUUCGGAAUCCCAAAGCUCCUCUUCAUAGUCGGCUAUCAAACCUUAUAGCUCACUUGAAAAAGAAAGGGGACAAACCCUGUCAAGAAUUUUACCGAGCUUUACAGAUCAAUGCUGAACAUCUCUAUAACAACUUGCCAAGCAGGAAAAUUAUAAAAACCUCAGAUUCCACAGGGAUAAACCCUGAGAAGGAGAAAUAUAUUCUAAAUGACAGGGGUCCUACGUUCUUUCUUGCCUGCUUCAGUAUUGCUGCAGGGUUAGCAUUCUUCAUGUAUUGCUGCAAUCCAGACUCCAGAAUUCUGGGAAAAGCCAAGAAGGUGCUGGGAUUUUCCCCAAUUAUCAUAGGAAGACAUGUUAGCAACAUCUGUAUGUUAUACAUGGAAGAUUCAUCAUGAAGAGAGUAAGAAUAAAUGGGGCAGCACCAGAUUUUCCUGCCAAUAGCACGGAUGCUUUGCAAGCAAUUACCUUUUCUUAUACCAAAGAUAUAACUCAGUUGCUUUAGCAGUCUUUGCUGCUUCAAAGGGCUUUCAGAAGAUCACUUGUAUUUGCCUUUUACUUGUGGAGCAGAUUUUUUUUAUUUUUGUACAAGCUUAUUUUUAAAAAUUAUUUAUCACCUUGAUAAAAUAUAUUUUAAUGCAAAUAAGCAUUUUAACAUGCCCUAAUGCAAAGUCUUGAGUGUCAAGUCAUGUAUGUAUGUGUAUAUAUAUAUAUAUGUAUUGCAUUCUGCCAUUUUCUGUUUCAAGAUGAACUGAAUGUUCCUGCUUAGGCUAGUACUGAAUGAUGGAGCCUUGGUGUGUCUCAUUAUUAAGAAGAUAAUGAACUCUACGUGAAAGCUGUACUGAGUGCUCUGCUUCACUGAGAACAAAUGGAAGUUUUCCACGUAAUAUGAGUGACAACCUUGAGUGCUGAUGAUAGAACCCAUCAAGUUUUGUAUAUCAGCUAAUCCAUUAUCGAUUGUUGGGAAUUCUCUUUAUAAAUAGCAAAGGUAUUUAUAAAGAAUAAAUAAAGAUAAAGACAAAAAAAUAAUGUUUGAAAUAAUGUAUAAGCAAUUAUAAGCAGAUGCUAUAGGUGCAAAUGAACCGAAAGCCUUAAUGAAAGAUGGAGUGUAUAGUUUUAUUUUUAAAUGUUAACACUGCAAUCUAUGUUUUUAAUAGACUCCAGGAGUUCACUGAUACGAAUAAUAGGCAAAAAUAAGCAUUUGUUAGCAUUUGCUUCUUAGUUCAACUCUAUAAGAUUUCAUGUUAUGUUCCAGACAGAAAGUUAAGUUUCUGGCCAAGAAUUUAGCCUUUAUAAUGUCAUGCGCUUUUGAGGACCAUAAACUGCCUCACACAUCUGAAGGGUUCUGUUCCAUGAAAAAUUUCAUUUCUCAGAAGCUCAUUUUAUGUGCACAUUCUGCAUUGCAAUUUCAUGGAGCAUCUAGACUGUGUCAUCAUCCUUUAGCCCUUCUGCCUUGUCUUUUUUCACCUCUCUUAACAAGGGUAAUCUCUGUAGCUGGAAAGAACUAAGCACACAAAGCUUCAAAGGUGUGGUAUAAUAUAGGAGACUACAGAUGUCUUUAAAAGCAUAGAGUGCAACACUAGUGAUAUUGAUCUUUGCUCUUCCUCUCCUUAUUUCCAUGAAUUCCUCAGCUGUGAGAAUGCACACUGGAUUUGUACGUGCAUCAUUUCCCCCCCUUUUAUUGGAAUUUGGAAUGUCAAUACAUUAUAGCCUUAAAAUUAAUGCCACAAUCCUGCCUUUCCCUAAUUUUCACCUUUGAUACUCUGAAUAAGUGGAAUCUUUUCUUAGGUGUAUGUAGAAGUGGCCAUCCUUCAACUUUAUAAGGGAUUUUUCCAAAUCAUUGUUUCAGUUAAUCUUCCUUGGUUGUCUUUGAAAUCAUGUUGUUUAAAGCAUUACAACUCUUUGGGGCAUUGAAUGGAAGGUGCUGACUUACUUUAUUUUAAAACGCCCCAAAUCCACUUUUUUAAAGAAGGAAAAGGUGCUACACAAUUGUAUAAAACACUUAUGUGCCUGAUCAUAAUUGCUACUUUCUUUGGAAAAGUGAAGAAGAAUGGUGAAAAAGAGGGUUGAAAUGAACAGGAGUAGCAGAUAGCAAUUGGGAGUAUAAUUCCAGUAACGAUUCUUUGGAAAUGAAUUGAGCAGGAACUGCGUUGCAGUUUUUCAAGCAAAGCAGCAACAUUGAAAAGCAACAGUAUGCAAAAGCUUCACAUCUAAACACAGCCUUAGUCAUUAUAUGACCAGAAGACUUUUCAUUGUUUGGGUUCGAGCAGAGGCCUGGUUCAGAUGAAACGUUGAACUAUCACUUACUAUAUAUCCAUAUGUUGAGGUUCCAUUCACCUCUCCUUUUAUGCCAUGGCCAUGUGGAGUGACUCAGAAUCUUUUAGUUUCAUAUUUUCAGUUGUCCACAUGUUAUUGUUGUGGUCACAGCUUAAAGUUGACUUGUUUUAAGACAAUAUAGGUAAAGUCCUUGAGCUGAAUUCAACUUUACGGACACUUCUUUUUUUCUUGGCAACAACACAAGAUAUUUUUUGCUGAUGUUUUAUUCCAAGAAAAUUUGUAAAUUUCUCAGUCUAGUCGCAAUCCUGGAAUGUCUUGCUAAUCUGACAUUAAAGAACUAUCCAGCUGAGAUCAACCAUCUAGCUGAGCAGAUUCAGAAUAAUGUUGUGAAUUACAGUUUAAUUAAAAAUGCCAGUGAAUGCAUACAUUCAUUGGACAGCCAUAGCCAUGAGGCUGACACAAAGAGCGAAGGACUGAUGCUACUCUUUCUUGGACUUGAAACGGACUGUGCUUCCCUGCCAAAACAAUAGAAACUCUGGUUUAACCAUGGAAUUUGGCUUUUCAUAAAUUUAGAGCAGGGGUGUCAAACUCAUGUCAUCACAUGACAUAUCGGGACUUUUCCUCCCUUCACUAAACCCAGUGUGGGUGUGGCCAGUGCACAAUGCAUCCGGCCCACGGCCCGGAAAUUUGACAGCCCUGAUUUAGAGGCACUUUCUGAAGAGAAAAUAAAGUGAUGCAAGCAGAGAGUAGGGGGUGCUUUAGUGGUGAUUGAAGAUCCAUCUGCCUCUUUUUAGGGACAUUUUGGGUGAAUUGUUUAGCCCUUAAAAAAGAAUUUUCUUCCUACUUUCCUAACUAAAAGAUUUAUACCUGGCAGAAACCUCAUCAUGUAUUUCCUUGAGUCACCACAGGAUGGGGGGAGAGCACUGCAGGAGACGCUUGACUAACUUUGCAUUCAUGUGCAGGAUUCUUAAAAACUGAAGUGUCAGCUACUCCUGCAUAACAGGAGAAAGAAUGCUGUGGCCCUGCUCAGUCAGACCUAAUCAAUUUUAAAGGGAUUCAUCAAUUUCAGAAUGCUUUAUUUCUGGUGAUUAAAGGUUGAUUUAGAAAAGAAAUACAGCUUGUUUUAGUUUCAAAGCUGAUUGUAGUAUAAGGCAUGAAUUAUACACCUGAAAAUCUAUGGAACCCUUUGUAGCAUCAAAGCUCAAAGUGAAAUUCAGCUUUGAAGUUUAUUCCUCCAGUCGAAUUUAAAAGUAUUUUUAUAUGUAAUUUUUAUUAAAAACUUUUAAACCAGAAGGUAACAUCUAACGCAAACUAAUAGAAAAAAAGGGACAAAAGAGAAAUCAAAGAAAAGAAAAAAGAUGUAAGAAAAGAAAAAAAAUGAAGAAAGAAAGAAAGAAAAUACAUAAGGAAAUUGCUUCCAAUAUUCUUCAUAGCAGUUAUGAGCACAAAUGUAUUUUAACUUCUCUAAAGUUACAUUGUGUUAUUUUUCUAUAAUCUUUUCUAUCAUUAACACCAAGUUUUUUUUUUCAUUUUUAUGCAAAAAGAUAAUAAGAGACUUCGAGUCAGUGAGUGGUUUGUCACUGGUUAUAUGACAAACUCUAUAAAAAGAAAUCUUAACGUGUACGUACCAUCAUUCAAGUAGCUUUUGAAAAGAAAACAUGCCUUUCCCCCUCUCUUUAGCCAAAAUUAAAAAAAGUUAUAGUCCAGUUCUCUAAAGGGUAAAGAGAAAAAAAUUCCCAUGAGGGUGUUCUCUGAGUUGUUUGCUUGCUUGCAGACACUUCAUUACUCAAACUAGGCAACAUCAACAGAGUCUAGCAUUAUGAAAUGUCUUCCAAGAAAACAAUCAAGCUCAGAGAAUAUUCAUCUCAACCCUGAGCUACAAAUAUUCUCCUCUAUUGGUAAGAAAGGAUCUAGAAUAUUCUGGUGUUCAGUUAUAUACAAUCUGCAUACAAAUGACAUUAAAGUUUGCUUAAUGUGUUAUUUCUAUUGAUAUCCUUUUCUGUGGAUGUUGUCUUAAUCAGAUCCUGAUAGCAUCUGCACCACAGAGAUAUUCCUAAUAUUACAUUUGAUGAUGGAAGACUCAAGUUGUAUUCUAACCUGAACUGGCAUUAUUAAACUCCUAUUCUGGCUUCCAAAAAUUUUGAUUAAAAUUCCCCAAAGGAAUCAAAUGCCACAUUCACUAGCACUGAUGAUGUUGCUUAACUGGGUAAUGAAUGUUAUAGUGUUGAUGGACCAAUGUGAAAUGAAAGACUAAAACUUCAUAAAGAUGCCCAGACAUUUUCCAUUACCCUUAGAGAAAUUCUUAGGAGGUAAUAAUGUUAAUUAUUAGGUAAUAACGUUAGACCAAAGAGGUCCAGAAUUUUUUCUUUGCGUGAUUAGAUAAAAUAUCUAUUUUAUUAUUUAACAAUAAGAUUGGGAGUACCCUAUUUUCCAGGAAUAAUUCACAUGUCUAUAGCCAUCACUCUCCCCACUGACAAUAUCCUUAGAGCCGCCUAUUUCACAUCAUUAUUAUUUUUCAAUUGUUUAAAUAAUAAACAGGAAGCUGGCAUCUGGUUGGAAGCUGUUAAAUUAAAAAUUAAAAUUAAAAACUGGCAUCUUUAAAGUGUAUUAUAAAGAUUUUAAAAAGUAAAACAUUGUGGUUGGUGCUGAAACCAAAACAUGAGAUUGUUUUAUUUAAAGUGUGUUUAUUUGCCCAAAAAGGGUAAAAAGAUCAAAAGCAUUCUGUACAAUAGAAGAAAACACUGUUGUAUCAACUGAGCAAUACUUUGGUUCUGAUUUCAAAGAACUGCUUCAGAAUGUGGAGGAAUGUGAAUGCAGUAAUUUGUGAAUGCAGCUGUGUGUGCUUUAAUGAAUCACAGGUAAGAACUGUGUUUGUAUUGCUGUCCUUUCCAAUAUUUUUCUUCCAAGUCAGUCUGGAGCAUUGCAUAGCCCAAUGAUGACGAACCUUUUCGGCACCGAGUGCCCAAACUGGAAUGUGCGUGCACGCCGGAGCCCCUGAAACUCAAAGAUCAGCUGGCCGGCGUGCACAUGUGCACCUGGCCUUCUGGUUUCUGGUGCAUGCAUGCAUGCUGGCCAGCUGGUCUUCAUACAUGCCGGAGUGCCGGAAAGCCAAAGACCAAGUGGUUUUUGGGUUUCCGGGGCACCGGCACACACAAAGAUGAGCUGGCCGGCACACAUGCACACACCGGAAACCAGAAGAGUAGUUGGCGACAGCGUGCGUGCCCACAGAGAGGGCUCUGUGUGCCACCUCUGGCACGCGUGCCAUAGGUUUGCCAUCAUGGGCAUAGCCCUAAUAUACUGGCCAUUUCUAUUUGUUUAUUGAAUAAAGUUUAUUUGAAUGCACAAUUUCAGUGCUAUGCAUUAUUAUCUCUAAUUUGGCUGAGGCAUAGAAGUGAUCCAUCUGUUUUCAAAAACAAAAAUAAUACCUUUCAGGUGGCUUGAGAUCAUGAUGCUUGCAAACCAUAUUAAAGAAUAUUGAAUAUUAAAAAACAAAAACAAAAUGACAUGUGGUAGUAGCUUUAUCUGCUGGGUGAUGCCAGCCAUAAUUCUCUAUGCUGCCUAAACAUUGCAUGUAAAAGUAAAUAAGACAGCUGUACAAUAUAUGUGGAAAUUGCUAUAUAUUUAGUUUAAAUAUUCAAAUAAUCCAAUGAUGGCCUAAAAUACUUUUUGACCAAUUCUAAAAAAAGUUUUUGGUUCCAUUCAAUCCACAUAAAUACAAUGUACUAUACAUGGUAUCUUGAAACCCAUCAGUUCCAUUUUUUAAACCAGAUUCCAGGUGAUAUUCAUGUGGCAACCUUAGAAGUUUUUUAUCAUUUUUUAAAAAUUACCUUUUAAAAGUGGUUUUACGGAUACAGUCUCCAGGGAGAGAAAAAAAGCUGCUGCCCUCAGGGACUGACCUGAUGACCCAAUGUAGCUUUCAAAGACUUUGAGGACAAUAUAGUCAUUUGCAUUUUUAAAAAAAAUGUUGGAAACAGCUGCUAUAGAUUUUUUUUAAAUGUUAGUGAGAGAUACGCUAAAGGAGAUGACAAUUCUAACAUCAAAACAGUUUUCCAAUUGCUCUACGCGGAUGCAUUAAAAGAAUAGAUAUCUAUUAGGGCUCUGUGGUGGUCAGGAUUUGAAAGGGAAAACUGAUGUUACUGUUUCGGUCACUUCGGUGCAAGGUCACUCACCAUAGCAGGUGAGUGACCUUGCAAACUGAAAAAAGAAGAAAAGAAACGUGAUUCCAGUGUCACACACAUCACAUCAGUCUUUUGUAUCAAUCUAAGAAAAAAACAUGAUUCCACAGGAGCCAGCCAAUCAAUAUUGUAGUAGUCUUUGAAAUUUGCAAAAUAACUUUUUCCCCUUCAGAGUCUCCAUCUCAGUGAAUCAGGUAAAAUUUUGAAGUGUAUAAUGAGGGAGUUCGCAGGAGAGAUUGAUUUUUAAAAUAGCUAAUAGGAAUAUGUUGCAUUAAAGGCAGCCUUUUACUUUUUUUUAUGCCCAGAUUCCCAGGAUUUUAUAACAAGCCAUAUUAAGUAUCAGUAUCGGUCUCUGUGUGCGUCAAUAAGCAUUAGAUUUGCGAACUUUAUUUUUGUUAUAUUACUAUCUUAUGUUAUUUUACUUUUAAUCUAUAAAUGGAAGGGGAAAAGAGAGAAAUGAAGUAAAAAAAAUUAAAAAUAAAUGUGCCUGUAAAAAUAAAUGUACGUACAAGGUUCUUCUCAAUAAAUGUCCAGCAUGAAUGCAGGUUCAGGGGAAAGUUUUUCUCAGACCGUAUGUAACAUGUGCAUAAAGUACUUGUAUUCUUAUUUAUAAUGAGUGUUUAAUGUACCUGGUUGUAUGUUAUGAAAAAAAAUUAUGUGUGUAUAAAAUUAAAAUUUUAAAACCAAAUUAAACAUAA